AUUACAGACAUAUGAUAAAUUAGGGUUCUCCUGCUUCAACACAGCACAACAGCGCCGGAAGAACUCUUUUUCACAUUUGCAGUCGCUGUGUUCGGAGGAGCUACAAUGGUGUCCGGAAAGAAAACGAAGAAGACACAUGAGUCUAUCAACAAUAGGUUGGCUCUUGUGAUGAAGAGUGGAAAGUACACUCUUGGUUAUAAGACCGUGCUCGAGUCUCUCAGGAGUUCUAAAGGUAAACUGAUUAUCAUUUCAAACAAUUGCCCACCUUUAAGGAAAUCUGAGAUCGAGUACUAUGCCAUGCUUGCCAAGGUUGGCGUCCACCAUUACAAUGGAAACAAUGUUGAUCUUGGAACUGCUUGUGGGAAGUAUUUCCGUGUGUCAUGCCUAAGUAUCAUUGACGCAGGUGAUUCUGAUAUCAUCAAGAGUCUACCAGGCGAUCAGUGAGGUGCUAACUGCAUGGAUCUUUGUCUCUUCUCAAAAAAUCUAUGUCUAAGUUUUGGCCAAGUAUAUUAUCAGCUUUCGAGUUAUGUUAUGAUUCGGUUAGUAGAGUGUGCACUGUUGCUUUGUAUUUGUUUGAUCUUAUGGGCUGGGUUUCAUUGGUGGAUCUGACUUUUAUCUUUUGCUAUUUCUAUUUCUACUUGUCAAUGCUAUUUCAUGGUCUACCAAA